CGAGGGAGCUCUUCUCUCUGGGCUCCAGCGAGGAAACAGUUGAGCACAAGUCAGAGCGGAGAGUACGCAGACGAUUUCGACUACGAUUUUCCCCAACUCAACGAUGAUCUCCAAGUCUUUUCUUAGCCCUGAGGCCAUUCGGUGGUUUCAAACUUUCAAUUUGAACAUCGGAGUCUUCUCCAUUGGGCUAUGCAUAGCUGUCUUCGGUGUUUCUUUUAUCGAUCUUGCGGAAAUCUACCACGUGGACGUUGACUCGGUAGUUUACAUCAUCUCAACUAGAUCUGUGGGCUCGAUCGUCGCUUGCCUAGCUGGCGGCUACGUUUUCAGUAAAAUAAACGGGCAGGUCCUGGUUCUCGCCAGUACAUUCAUCGGGGGCGUCGCUUUGGCGGUGGUCCCUGUGUGUCCUUCAUUACUAUGGACACAUGUGGCGUGCUUCGUCCUUGGAGCCUGCGUAGGCCUCAUAGAAAUCGGUGCCAAUGUCUGGCUGAUUGUCCUCUGGAAAGAGAGAGGCGCAUCCAUACUGCAGUUCUACCAUUUCGUUUUCGGUACAGGCGCUGUCCUGGCUCCCUUCAUCGCAGAACCUUAUCUGAGCCGCAAAAUAUCUCCGAGCGCUGAACUGCUGUUGGAAUCGCUGAACGAAACGGAGAGCCAUCUGGAUGAGUUCAUUCCUUCGAGAGUUCACUUUCCCUACGGAUACUUCGGCGCCGCGUUCGUGUUCUCUGCCUUUUUGAUGCUAUUAGCAUAUCUCGUCAAUAGUGAAAACUUCUCCACCGACGACGAAGCGAAAUCGAAGAGGCUGAAGCUGUCGAAGCGUGUGGAGUUUCUCAUAGUUUCACUCAUGUGUAGCUACGUCAUGCUCGGGGUUGCUCUGGAACAGACCUACUCGUCGCUUUGCACUAUUUACGUCGUCGACAACCUCGGCUUCUCCAAAACUUCGGCCGCCUAUCUGGCUGCGGUAUUUUGGGGCAGUUUCACCGUGAGCCGUAUUUUCUCCACGAUCCUCUCCAUCAAGCUCGAACCGAUUUAUCUGAUCGUCAUCAAUCACAUUCUCCUCAUGCUCGCAGCGAUAACACUCACGCUUUUCCCCCUCACUGAAAUGGUGAUCUGGUCGAUGACCGGUGUUUUCGCCUUCUCGCUAAGUCCAUUCUUCGGCAACGUUUGCGGCUGGGCUUUGAAAUACAUCGUCAUAUGUCAUGAGUACAUGUCGGCAAUUAUCGUUUCGGUCUGCAUUGGGGCCAUGCUCCCUCCGAUCACGAUCGGUCCCUUCAUCCAAAAGCAUCCGAUGUCGUUCAUGUACGCGAACCUCGCUGCCGUUUUCCUGAUCUCCUUGAAUGCUGCCGCAUUCGUGUGUCUCGGGAGAUAUUUGAGUCCGUCGGAAUCACGGAAGGACAAGGUGUACGACCCGGUCGAGACGAGCGAGAAAGUUUGACGGAAAUUCGUGUCGGAUCCAUCCCCAUAGAUUCAAAAACUCUGCUCUGUAAAAGAAUGUGCAAAAUGUAAAUAAACUCUCUAGUAUAGUCUUCACCCAGUGAAGAUUUUAAAGUG